AUGUUUUGCAGGAAGUUAGAUUUUGAUUUUGUGAAUUCAAGCAAAGAAGCAAGGAGGUCUACAAGACUGAGACUCCAUCCUUCGAGAAAGCCAAAGCCAAACCAGAAGAAGAAAUCAGCUAGACUCCAUGGCUCAGGUUAUGCGCAUACCCUACAGUUUCGGGUUCCAUAUAGUCAAUGCAAUUCAUUUGAUAUUGAAUUCUGUUUUACCAAUGUAGUUGUGAUCCUUGUGUUCACCUUUACCUGA